AAGUGUCCCAAGUUAAUGAUUGAUCAUCAGAUCACAUAUUUUGAAGAAAGAUGAUGCACACAGAAGAGAAUGAACAAGUGGAAGAGAUGAUGAACAUGGCAGCUUGGCUUCUUGGAAUCAAGAACCUCCAAAUUCAACCUUACCAUCUUCCUCCUCUAGGGCCUAAUGAUGUUAAAGUCCAGAUCAAAGCUCUAGGAAUUUGUGGUAGUGAUGUUCAUCACUUCAAGAACAUGCGGGUUGCAAAUUUCAUAGUUAAAAAGCCAAUGGUAAUCGGACAUGAGUGUGCUGGUAUCAUCAAAGAUAUAGGGUCCAAUGUGAAGUCUCUAGCAAUUGGUGAUCGAGUAGCAUUGGAGCCCGGAAUCAGUUGCCAGACUUGUAAUCUUUGCAAAAAUGGAACCUAUAACUUAUGCAAAAAGAUGAAGUUUUUCGGCUCUCCACCGACCAAUGGUUCUCUUGCAAAUCAGGUGGUUCAUCAUUCAAAUCUAGUGUUUAAGUUGCCGGAUAAUGUGAGCUUGGAAGAAGGGGCCAUGUGUGAGCCACUUAGUGUUGGUGUCCAUGCUUGUAGGCGUGCCGGUGUCAACCCAGAUACUAAAGUUUUGAUCGUUGGGGCUGGACCCAUAGGUCUUGUAACUAUGCUAGCUGCACGUGCGUUUGGAGCCCCACGAGUUGUAGUUGCUGAUGUGGAUCAACACCGAUUAUCGAUUGCAAAGAACCUUGGCGCAGAUGGGACCAUUCAAGUCUCUACAAACAUCCAGGAUCUAGGUGAGGAGAUAUCAAAGAUACACAAAAUCAUUGGUGAGAAUGUGGAUAUUAGCUUUGACUGUGUUGGGUUUGACAAAACCAUGUCAACAGCUUUGACCGCCACUCGGGCUGGCGGUAAAGUAUGCCUUGUGGGAUUGGGUCAGAGUCGGAUGACCAUCCCUUUGGUUGCUGCUGCUGCAAGGGAAGUUGAUGUUAUUGGGAUAUUUAGAUACAGGAACACAUGGCCACUCUGCAUUGAGCUUUUGAGAACCGGUAAGAUUGAUGUGAAGCCGCUUAUAACGCAUAGAUAUAAAUUCACUCAAGAAGAUGUCGAAAAGGCAUUUGAAACAAGCGCUAAAGGUGGUAGCGCGAUUAAGGUUAUGUUUAACCUUUAAAAUAGUUGUUAGCAUCAAUAUGACUGUUGCAAUAUAGAGUUAAAUACCCUAUUGUCAUUCACUCAUUCAGCUAUUUGGUUAUCUUUCAUGUAAUUAGCUAACACCAUGUUACUGAAUCAA